AGAGAAGAGAGAGAGAGAGAGAGAGAGAGAGAGCCGUACCUCAGACAGAAACCCGCAACACUCACCGUAAACAAAGUGACGUAACAGAGAGGCCGCAGUUAAACCUUUCGUAACACAACAAAAUGUACCUCUUAACCAGAACUACCUCCAUUUUAUGCCACAACACCAAGACACGACCACUGUGGCGCCUCCUGCAACACCACAACACCACAAACACACCAAAACACACCAAUAUCCUGACCCGCCAAACUGACCUAAGAUACGGAGUGGUGUGGAGUCGUGACUUGACCUGCGGGGUGGUGGUGCUGGGGCGGACGGGGGCAGGGGCGGGGGCAGGGGCGGGUCAGGGGUCAGGUCACGGUACGAGGUCAACACUGUAUUACAUAGCAGCCCUGGGUGUGUUGACCUUAGGGUUGAGUUAUGCAGCGGUGCCACUCUACAGGAUAUUUUGUCAGGCGUACAGCUAUGGUGGCACCACACAGCAGGGCCAUGACGUGGAGAAGGUUGGCACAAUGGAGGCGGUGAGGGACAGAAUGCUGAGAGUGAAGUUCAAUGCUGACACUGCUGCCUCGAUGACUUGGAAUUUUAGACCAGAGCAGAGAGAGGUCCAGAUUCACCCAGGAGAGACAGCUCUAGCCUUCUACACCGCACGAAACCCCACAGACCGUCCAGUCAUCGGUGUGUCGACUUACAAUGUGGUUCCCUUCGACGCUGGGCAGUACUUCAAUAAGAUUCAGUGCUUCUGCUUUGAGGAACAACUACUUAACCCACAUGAAGAGGUCCAUAUGCCAGUGUUUUUCUACAUUGACCCAGAGUUCGCCGAUGAUCCUAAAAUGGAAAAUGUUGACAUCAUCACUCUCUCCUACACUUUCUUUGAGGCUCGGGAAGGACUACAGCUCCCCGUACCACAGUUUGCUAGAUGAGAGAGUGAGAGUGAGAGUGUGAGUGUGAGUUCUUGUUUUGUUAUUGAAAAGAAAGGAUAAACUGUAAGAGUGAGUGAAAGAGAGUUGAGUAUUAUUUAUUGUUUCUCCUGUUAGUAAUGUAGGAAUCUUGUUAAUCUGUCACUACAACCAUAAAAACACCUUCAAAAUUCAUGUCGCUUAUUGUUUCUCCUGCUAAUAAUGUAAAGAUCUC